CCAAAAGUUUUGGUCUCCUACUCAUAGGAAUCCCGUCUUUCGCUGGAUCCAUUUCCAACAAAACUCCAAGUACACUCCACCACUUCACGGACUCGCCAGUCCUUAGUCUAACAUUCUGUUCCAAUCAUUUCACGAACUGAACGCCAGCAAACUAUAUUUGGAGGAGCGGAGGCGGGAAAGCGGAGGGGGAAGAAGAGAUGGAUGAGGCGGCGUGGGGAUUGCACACUGAAUUGUCGGCGAAGCGUUGAUUUACUCCUGGUACUGGCAUCUUUUCGAAUACAGGCACCUCGGACCGGAUCUACAAAAGCUGCACCACGAAUCUCUAGCUACCCAGCUACCCUUCUGUCCAACAUCCAAGAGCCAGCUUGCUAGCCACCUAGCAACGCAACCAUGACUCUAUUACCACGCUACACGCCCUUUCCUUCCCCAUAUCGGAUUGGCACAGAUAUAUGCCAAGUCUCCCGGAUCCUGAAAAUAUUGAGGAGCGAACGUAGAUUCAGGUUUGCAAAAAUGGUCCUGAAGCGGAGCGAGGUGAAAGAGCGCAGUAUCAGGCCAGUGUUACACAACUGGACAUAUGCGAAUUUCGAAUUGUUUCGGGCCUCUGCGAAGAGAAGGACUGGCAUGAAGAUGUGGGAGGAAACUAUGGAGAAAUUGGGGAUGAGAAAGAAGGAGGUGGAGGAUUUACGGACUUUCAUGCUUAAAGGUGACGCGCGUAGAAGGGCUUUCUUGAGCAAACACAGAGGGGCAAUAAGGUUGGUGGGAGAAGAAGAGUUUCAGAAUGCGGGUCAAGUCCAGGAGUCAAGCAAAAAUGACCUUGAACGAGAGGACUUAUUGGCGAUCAAUAAAGAGCCUCAGGAGUCCAAAUCGGAGAAGGUCACGGAGGAGGAUAAGGAGGUGGCGGAGAAGAGUGAUGGAAUUGCAACUUGGCUUUCUAAUGUCAAGAGUAUCUUCGGUGCGAAGAAAGGACCUCAGGAGGAGGGCAGAAAAGCGGAGAGGGACUUGGAACAGGGGACAGAGGCGGUUGAACUUGGCGCGGAUGUGCCAGGAAACAAAAAAAGGUCCGAAGACCUUCAGAAGAAGUCAGAUAUGGCAAAACAUAUUGAGGAUGAGGCUAGAAAUGAUCUAGAUUUAUUGAGGGCUGCGUUGGAAUGCAGAAAGACGUGGAUGACGGAGAGAGGUUACGAGGGUUAUGAAGACGAAAACAAAACCCCAAUUCAGAAUCAAGGGGAUCGUGUUUGGAUUACCGCGACCAUGAAAGAGGUGGCGGACCAAUGGCGACAAGACAAUAGAAAUAUGCCUUCCGAGGGGAAGGAGGACUGGAUUCAACAGAAGCUACUGCAGAAGCGAGAGAAGUAUCGCAUUCUGCGAAAAGUUGCGAAGCAUAUAAGAUUAAGUCUACCGAUACCGAGCGAAGAUGGCGGAGUGAUCGAUAGCAUUUCAGGAGAGAUAAAAGAUGGAGCUAUAGGUGACCAGGGGACGGUCGACGCAGGGCGCAUUGCUUCUCAACAGCCUACAACCACCCAUGACAUCCCAGCGAUGACAACAGACCCAGAAUCGAUAUUUUCUGACGAAUCGGCUCCUCCGACAUCAGAACGAAACCCAUUCUCCGGAGUGGGAGACAACAGUGUACUGGAGGGACGGGAUAUAGAUGGUGAAGAAAGUACUACGGAACAGAAGGAAUCUGCAUUAUCUCUACCAAAUACGACGCAGAACUUGGCCGAGUCAACAGAGUCUUCGAUUUCGUCCUCGUCAAACUCGUCUAGUUCACAAGUAUCGAACAGGGUUGCCGAACUUACCCAGCAAAACGAAGUCGACCCGGAGGAUCUUGACCUUGCUAGGGAGAAAUCACAGCCACUCACCAUUUACCGAGAGUUGUAUCCGAGAGGAAUGCAGAAACCAAGCAGAUCAGAGGCGAACAUACUCGCGCUGAUGGGGAGAGAGGGGAUUUACGUGCACCCUUGGGAGGUUGCUGCUCUGGCAGAGGAGUUGGAGAUGCUUGAUGAUUGGGGAGGCUAUGGCAAGCGGGGAUAUCGCCAUACGAACGCUAAUAGCUCGUCAAAGCAGGUUGGGGACGAGUAUUUUAAAAAGUUCCCGACGUUUCGCACUGUUAGUAUUAAGAGCGAGCCCGAGCGGACUAAUGGCGUGCCACCGCAAAUUGGGGACGAACCUCCAAAGCAAGAGGAUGGCAUUCCUCAUGAUGUUGUGGAAGAGAACAACUUUGAGCAUUUGAGAGAGGUGAUUUCAGAUGACAGCAACCAGGAGACUUCCGAGGAGAUGAGAGACAGGCUGUUGGAAUACACGGACGAGAUGACCUCAGAGGAAAUAAAUGAGAUCCAGGCCGGGACGCCAGAAAAGAGUCUUGAGGAGCUAGGGAGGGAUCUCGAAGCUGCUGACAUAGAGUUGCGGAAAGUCGCACAAUGGUUGGCUGGUCGUUUCGCCGCCAAAGAAGCAAUCAUCAAAGCUCACCAGUCCCGCCGCCUCACAUUCCACGAUAUCUUGAUUUUAAAACCGGAGCAGAAAGAAGGAGAGACGAGGAGCUUUGCGCCGGUGGCGGUUGUGCUGCCGGAAAGGUGGAAUGGGGAGGAGGGUGAGGCGCUGCCGAAGGAGGUGAGGAUUAGCAUUAGUCAUGAUGGGGAUUAUGCCACGGCUAUGUGUUUGGCUGUUGAUGAGUGAGUGAGUGAGGGAUUUUGAGGGGAAUGGAAAAGGCAAGGGGAGGGUGGGUCUUCUAUGAGAGAGAGAAAUAGGAGUUGGUUUGGAUGGGUGCCGGUGGAGGACGGAUGAGGCGCGAAUGGAAUGCGAUACUCUAGAACGAGGAUCGUGCUCGAACCCUCCAAAAAAAUCAGAGACAACAAUUCAGAGUCAUCGAGAGAUAGACAGCGAGAGGUGCUACUCCAGCCUUUACCUGUAAAGACAGGGAGAAAGAAAUCGACGUCAGGCCUACGGGCGGGCGUUCUUUGGCUAAGCAUCCCCACGUGGAUGCCACCUUCCAGGAAAUCUCAGGAUCAGAAGUAGUUUAUUUGAGAUCAAGCUCAAAAGCGAAGCGGCUGGAUAACAGAUAGAUUGAUGGAUACUUCGGAAUUGAAUGUAUUCCUUGUAAAAUACCUGUAUAGUAGGUAAAAAAAAACUAGUCUAGAUUUUCUGGCUUGUAAAAUUAGAUAAUUACGUGUAUACAUACAUACUGUAAGAAAUACAGUCUGUCCGCUCCUAGGAAAAAGAUAUAUAAUAACCGCCCA